AACUUUAGGUAACCAUGUUAGGACAAAGUGUUAAGCGAUUUUUUUCGAAAAUUGGGCUAAGAAACCAUGAAAAAGUGGGUAUUAUUGGAGUGCCAUUUAAUAAAGGACAAAAAAAGGGAGGAGUAGAAUUAGCUCCUGACGUCAUAAGAUCGGCAGGUCUCAUUCAAGAACUACAAUCUUUAGGACUAGAUGUUCACGAUUAUGGAAACGUACAGUAUCAAACUUCAAACGUUGAAGUGGACAAUAUGAUGCAUUUAAAUCACGUGGCUGGGUGUACACAAAAGUUGUCAGAAAUGGUUCAACGUAUUUUGUUGGAUGGUAGAAAUGUUUUAACCAUAGGAGGCGAUCACAGCAUUGGUAUUGGAUCUAUUGAUGGCCAUGUCAAAAUGAAGAAAAACGUUGCAAUAUUGUGGAUUGAUGCUCAUGCUGAUUUAAAUACAAACAAAACCAGUGAAAGUGGAAAUGUUCAUGGUAUGCCAGUUGCGUUAUUAACGUCCGAACUAGCUGACUACUGGCCUUAUUUGCCUGGGAUGGACUGGCAACAGCCAAUGCUUUCAAUUAGAAAUGUAGCCUACAUUGGUUUAAGAUCGGUUGAUCGUUAUGAAAGAUUGGUCAUAGAAAAAUUUGGUAUCACUGCUUUUGGUAUGGAAGAUGUUGAAAGAUAUGGAAUUCACGAUGUCAUACAUAUGGCUUUGACGAAAAUUGAUCCAGAUGGCAACAAAUCAUUGCACGUUAGUUUUGACAUUGAUUCACUGGAUCCACUUGAGGCUCCAAGCACGGGAACCCCAGUAAGGGGAGGUUUAUCUUUGAGAGAAGCUGUUCAUGCAAUGGAAGAACUACACAGAACUCGUAGAUUAAAUGCUGUUGACUUGGUAGAAGUUAACCCAAAAAUAGGAAACCAAAUGAGUGUGGAUUUAACAGUUUCUGCUGCCAUUCAUGUAAUACAAGCUGGUUUUGGAUACACUAGAAGAGGCUUAAAAGCCCCUGAAGGUGUCACAGAUAUGCCACUACAAGUUUUCAAAUAAUAUAAUGCUUUU